UGAAAAUCAGAGUAUUGACAUGAACUAAAGCAGGUUUGAUGUAAACCCCCCUCGGUGUUAUGUUGGAUUGGGGGUUUCUUCCUAAUGAACGCUAUUCUUGCAAUUCUGUCCUGGCCUCCUCCGUCUUACACCCUCGCUAUGCCCUCCCCAUCGGAUUCCAGUUUUUCCCUGACUGGUCGGACAUCUCGCAGUCUAUCCCAGCUGAGGAUCCACCGGGCUUGGUCUCAUGUCCUGCUGGCCUUAGGUUUUGUACAGGUCGUUCUCGGGGUGCUGAUUGUCACAUUCAGCCUGGUCACCGCUUCCAUCACUCCGAAUUUGAAGAUCAAACAUUCGUGUCCAUCGUGGGCCGGAUUCUCUCUGGCUGUUUCAGGGCUCAUCGGCUGCAUCUCAUGGAAGAAGCCCUUCACACUGAUGGUAACAGUGUUCACCUUGCUAAGCGCCCUGAGUGUCAUGCUGUGCCUCGCGGGGUCAAUCCUGUCUUGCCAGAACGGGCAGCUGGUAAAAUCCUUCAACUCCUGUAAGAAGGAGAACAACUGGUGCAUCUGCUGCCACCCCGCUAUCCAGCAGGAGGCAUCAUCUGACUGUGGGGAACUGGAGAAACUCACCCUAUACCCUAAUCACCAUUGUGACAGCAUCCGAACCGCCCUGAAGGACCUCUUAUUCAGUGUUUGUGGCCUCACCAUCUUCUCCACCAUCAUCUGCACCUUGUCCGCUGUCAUCUGCUGCGUUCAGAUUUUCUCAUUGGAUGUCAUCCAUGUUCUAGCGCCUCACCGAUCCACCUCCAUCAAUUUGGAGUGCUUCUCCCCCCAGGACACCAUCCUGCAGAGCAUGAUUGAAUGCGAGGAGUUCGUUCCUCCGGUGCCACCUCCGCCAUAUUACCCUCCAGAAUACACAUGCAGCUCCGAGACUGACGCACAGAGCAUCACUUAUAACGGCUCAAUGGACAGCCCCAUCCCGCUCUACCCCACAGACUUCCCUCCCUCGUACGAGAGUGUCAUGGGGCUUCGGGAGGACAGCCAGGCCACUUUGUACGAUGCCCAAGCCCAGCAGAAUUCAAACCACAGCAUAUGUGAUCGGAGAGACUCCACUGGACACAGCGGGAAUGAUGACAGCAGCCCUUCUGAAGAUUCUGUCUUAUUGGAUGUCCAGGGUUCGGUGCGGUCUGUGGAUUAUGUCUUGUAUCGCUCCAUCCAGCGUAGCCGGGCUGACUACUGUUUGAGUGUGGAUUGCGGUCAGUGUGGACAUCACCAGCAGAGCCACACCCUCAGCCUGCAGGGGCCUUUUGAGGACGUGUUGGUUCCCCAUAUUAAAGGGGGACGCAGUUUCUCCUGUUCCACACCUAGUUCUUGCCAGGACCCUCCAUCCACUGUGGGAAGUGGCACCACACGUAGCUGUAACAGGCUGGAAAGUGUUGGGACACGGGCUGGUCCGUGUUUCUCUGAGUUGCGAGUAAAGGGGAAAGUUCCUCGUGGGAGGGAGCUAAGCCACAGCUCCGGGUGUUCCCUCCACCACACCUCCCCCUGCCAGACUCCAGACUGCCCCCACCGCCGAUACAGUGAGAACACACGGCCUAAAGCUCUUUGCACCAUUCAGGCACCGCAAUUUGUAGUCCGUUCACACAGUGACCCUGGAAUCUCCUCCAUGUUCCAGACAGAUUUUGGAGAUGUGGAUUAUUUGAAGGUUCUAGAAGAGGACAACCUUUUCCUCUCCUCUGUAGAUGGAGCAGCUUUUUGCACCGAGGCCAGCCUCCGAAGACACCACCUGCCCGCCUCCCCCUUACUUCUUCGCACGGGUUCAGCUGGUAAGAAUCGCUUCCUAGUGACAAACAGGACGAUCCAGCGACUCUCUAGAAGCGGUGCUUUUUCCCUUGGAGACCUGAAGGGAGGGCGUAACACCCGGAUGCUGAUGGCCCGAUUCCUGAACCGAUCCCGAAGGAGCCUAAAGGAGGGCGGAGACAACACAAAGCAGCCUCUGAAGAGUCCACUCCCCCUGGACCCCGAGAGACGGCCCGUCAGGAUGCCCAUGCAGAGUUGCGGAGACCUCAGCUCCACUUCUUCUCUCCGCCGCCUCCUGUCUGGCAGUCGGCGAGGAAACCGGCGUCCACACAGCCUGAGUGGAGCGCCAAAAGAGAGCUCGGUGUGAAGAGAACAUUUCCAGGAACAUAGUGACUGCUGACCACCCAGAGCCCAGCAUGGGCCAAUCGCACCCUGAGGUGACCUCACAAUAAGUGACCUUACAGUACUCAGUCCACGAGGCCAUCCAAGUCCCUGGCUUUUCUUCGAAAUUUCAUUUCAUGCUCAGUUUUCGCUACAGAAGGGCUAACACUCAGUUGCAUCCUCUCCACCACACGUGGCACACUUCACAUUGUCCGUGACGGUAGAUAGCGCAAAUCAUCCACCGUUUUCAGCUUUUCUUUCCUGAACCUCAAACAUGACCUGUGCGUUCAAGGGACUUUCCAGGUGCAUUCACACUGCCACAGUUCCUCUGCUGUGAUAGGUACAUCUAUUUCUGACUCCUUCAGUCCAUUACAUUUUUAUUU